AUGAAUGUGAAUAGUUUAGAGGUAGCGCACAAUUAUUUUUCAAUGAUUUCGCCUACGUACGAUACAGCAAAGUAAGUUUUUUUUUUAAAUUUUUAUAGUGGAAAAGGAAAGUUUUUGGAGAUCAGUUGUUUGUAAAUUUGAAUGAAAAACUGGGAGAAGAAGGGCGAGAGGGUAUUCAGUUUGCACCUUGGGAGAGAAGACCAAUGCGUGAAGGGUGGUGUGUGAAUAUCUUGGAUCAAGACAUUCUUCACUGUGGCGUAAAGGGCUAUGCUUACAUGAACCCUAAAAUAUACGGGGUCGAUUAUAUUAGCAUUGGAAAAAUAGUACUUGUACACGACAUAUUAACAAAAUAUAGUGUUAGAAAUAUAUACAAUCAAGAGGAUCGAAAUUUCUUUGAGUGUGACGGUGGUGAGGAGGACAGGGAUAUAAUGCGGGACAUAAUUCAUAGUCUAACAGGAUUUUUUUAUACUAAUGACUAUUCUUUGUAAAUGUAAAUAUAUUACAGCAAAGUAUUUUAAGGAAUGUAGGAGUAUUAGUAAAGCAAGAUGUGAUACGGGAAAUGUGUAAACUUUUUAGAAUAAUAUAAUCUAAAAUAUUUUCUAGAUAUAUUCCAUCUUAUUUUCGAGAGGACGAUGAAAUAAUAAAUAAAAUGUUGUUAUGUUAUGUUGGGGAUUUUUGGCCAAGAUCUUUUGCGGGAACAACAAUUUUAAUGGUUGACAAUUGUCUUUACGAGUUGGAGCGUUAUGUGUAUUUGGUCGGGUAUGUGUCGCGUGAAGCAUUGACGCUGGGGUUGAUUGACCGUGGCGAAUAUGCGGCGUACGAGGUUGCUUUAAAAUAUAUCUCUGUUAAAGGUUUUGAAAUAACAUUUAAAGCCGUUCGAGAGGAUUUUUAG